AUGGCAGCUAUUGAUAUUCAUCGUAAUACUGAGACUCCUACUACUGUCUCGAUUGAUCAUGAUCACAAAUUAAAACCGUCGACCAAGUAUGGAGCUAUAAUACAAACUACUAGUAGUAGUAAAGAUACUAUCAAUCGUCACAGCAGUGAAGUAAAUUUUAAAGCUUAUUCAGUAGGAGAUGAAGAUGAAUUAGAUGACAGUCAACCUCCAUCCUCUACCUCCUUUAAAUACAACCACGAUAUGCAAGAAAGUAGCUUUGAUCUAACAAGUAUGCGUGACAAUAUCUUUCGAGACAGUUUAAUGCCUGAGAAUGGAUACGGGGAACACAAUAGUGGAGGACGUGCAACGGAAAUGGGCAAUGCAUUAAUGCGUCUGGAUGAAAAGUAUGGUCGUACGUACAACAGCAAGGCACGGUUAUCGUUAGGUUCGAUACCUAAUGGUCUCACUCCAUUGCUACAAGCAGCAAGAGCAGGUGAUAUCGUACUAGUAAAUGCUCUUGUGAUUCAAGCUGGUACCGAUAUUCUUCGACGUGAUCCCACUUUUGGUCAAACGGCACUGCAUUUUGCUAUUCGAGGUGGUCACAUGAAUGUGGUACAGGCAUUAUUGAUGCCACAUUUACGAGGAUCGAUUAUUAAUGUUGCAGAUAAUCGACGUAAUACGGCGUUGCACUUGGCUGCAGCGAAAUCCCGUCGGAUGACCAAGUUACUGCUGGAAUGCGGUGCUGAUGUCAAUUUUGUCAAUAUGCGCAAUCAAACGCCAUUGGGUGUCCAUAUUUUGACGGUCAUGAGAGAUGAUCCGACGAUGACGGAGAUUUUGCUGCAACAUCGUACAAAUGUCAAUGCAUCUGUGGACAAGUCAACGAUAUUGCAUGUAGCAUUAGAUAAAGGGUUGAUCCAAAUUGCUAUGAGACUUGUGCGUCAUGGAGCAAGACUUGAUCUGAAGGACGAGUCGGGGAAGACAGUUUUUGACAAGGUUGACAAGUUACAACUUACGACACUUAUGGCCAAGGUCAUGCAUUCACCCGUAUGGAUUCCUGACAAUGAACGGGUGGACUGCAUGGAGUGUCACAAGAAAUUUGGCUGCCUUGGAUCACGCAGACACCACUGUCGCAUGUGCGGUCGCGUGUUGUGCUCAGUUUGCUCAGCGCGUCACGUGCGAGCCAAGCUACUGCCAUUUUCAGCACGUCGCCGUGGCAAAAAGAACCAAAUUGAGAAGGGGUCAGUUAACACUCGAGUAUGCAAAAUGUGCUACGAUGUGUGCACGAAAGGAGAAAUACAGUUAUCCAGUAGUGCGGGCUACGGGUCUCGAGCGUAA